AUGCAUUUUAGCACAGCCGUUGUCGCCCUUGUGGCAUCUCUUCAGAUCACCUAUGCGGCUCCUAGUGAGAAGAUCGUUAGGGAAUCGUCUCUUCGUUUAAUUAAGACGUCAGAGGAUGACCCCGGACAGUGGGUGACUGAGGAGGAAAAGUAUGAGAACUUCACAGCAAAGAAGAUUGGAUUCAUCGAUAUUACGGAAAUCAGGGACGUGGAUGUUCUCUCGAGGCUCUCAAAGACCGAUGCCGAGAAUGCUGCUUCCAUCCAGGCUGUUGCCUACCCCUCCAAGGUCGAACAUGUUGAUGAGGCCAAUGGCCUAAUCGGCAAGGCCAGCAACACCAAUCCUCAGAGCUGGCUCCGAACCCUCACCAAUUACAACACUCGCCACUACCAGUCUUCCACUGGCACUCAGGCCGCCACAUGGUUGUUCAACACAGUGAAGAGUGUUGCUUCAGCCAACUCUGCCAUCACUGUCCGCCAAGUGACACACUCCUUCAACCAGCCAUCAAUCAUUGCGACAAUUCCCGGUACCACUAGCGAUCUCGUUAUUGUCGGAGCUCACUUGGACUCCACUACCGGUUCAUCAAGCUCCCGUAGCCCCGGAGCUGAUGACAACGGCUCCGGAACAGUCACCAUCCUCGAGGCCCUCCGCGUCCUUGCUGAGCAAGGAUACAAGCCCAAGAACACCCUUGAGUUCCACUGGUACGGUGGUGAGGAAGGUGGUCUUCUCGGAUCCAAGGAUGUCUACGCCCAGUACAAGACGCAGAACAAGAACGUCCUCGCGUUUGUUAACCAGGACAUGACCGGCUAUUCUCCUAGCGGCAAGGUCGCGGUCUACACAGACUAUGUCAACUCCGCCCUUACCUCAUACGUCCGUGUCGUCGCCACCCAGUACACCGGAUCGGCCCCCUCAUCGUCCAGGUGUGGUUAUGGUUGCUCUGACCACGCCAGUGCUAAUUCGAAUGGUUUCCCCGCCGCCUUCGUGAACGAGGAGGUCUUUGAGAACAGCAACCCAAACAUCCACACCUCGCGUGACACCUAUGAAUCCAUCCAGUGGGAUGCUGUUCUUCGUCACAUUAAGUUCACUAUUGGCUUCUUGGUUGAGGCUUCCUACAUCUAA